CCUCCAAAUCAUUGGGUUCAGGUGUUCCAAUCCCCUCCAAAUCAUUGGAUUCAGGUGUUCCAAUCACCUCCAUGGCCACAGGUGUAUAAGAUCAAGCACCUAGGCAUGCAGACUGCUUCUACAAACAUUUGUGAAAGAAUGGGGCACUCUCAGGAGCUCAGAGAAUUCAAGGGUGGUACCGUGAUAGGUUGCCACCUGUGCAAUAAGUCCAUCCGUGAAAUGUUCUUGCUACCAAAUAUUCCACGGACAACUGUUAGUGGUAUUAUAACAAAGCGGAAGAAACUGGGAACAGCAACUCAGCCACAAGGUGGUAGGCCACGUAAAAUGACAGAGUGGGGUCAGCGCAUGAUGAAGCGCACAGUGCGCAUAAGUCACCAACUGUCUGCAGAGUCAAUAGCUAAAGACCUCCAACUUUUGUGUGGCCUUCAGAUUAACACAACAACAGUGCAUAGAGAGCUUUAUGGAAUGGGUUUCCAUGGCUGAGCAGCUGCAUCCAAG